UCCAGGCUCUGAUGUUGCUUCCUGUCCUGUGCUCAGCAGUGUAAAACAGCAAUUGAAGUCCAUGAAGACUCGUCUCCCCUUGCCAAUGUGGCUGUCUAUUCUGGUUCCAUUACAGGAGACAAUGGCUUGCUUCGCCGAGCGCUAUAUUCGGAUCACUAAAUGUGCCAUUAAGUACAUACUAAAGGUUAAGUGCUUUGAUGACUCAGAAUGCGCCUGCGCCAGCUUUAGAAACUUGCUCGACAUGGAAUUCCAGAAUAACGAAGAAUGCGGGCUAUCCCGGCCACUAGCUGUCAAACUUUGGUCCAACACAUACUCUGUCGCUAGAUUCAUACACGUUCAGAAACCCUCGGCCUGUCCACCUGAUACUUCUAGUCGAGUUAUUGAUGGUAGUUCAACGGGCAGGUGUAAAAACAUAUUUGCUUCCUCGUUGUCAAGUGGCGUGGCUGUUCAUCAAUCACCAUUUGCUCCCCUGCGUGCGUUCGUUAGGUCCGUUCCCAAUAUGUACCGCGGACGAUAACAUUCUCAGUCGGUUAUAACUACCAACAAACAAUAGUUUUGCUCCCAUCAGUCCAACAAUGCGAUGCUCCUACGACACUUGAGCCGCGGUUGCGUGAUGAUGCAGAGUGAUUUAGCCGAUCGUUCGAACGAAACAUCGGAGGCUCUGCGCACACUUUGCAGAGUAACAUCUGAGAGGGUAUCCCCAGAUGUUUGGCCGGAACCGUACAAUAACAUUAUGCUAUAGUUCGACGGCUUACGAUAUUUACAUUCCCUCUGAUAUUUGCGCAGCCACAGUAUGAUGAGCUACGUAAGCCGUU